AUGAACAUUUUCCAAUUACUGGAUACUGCUCCAGAGCCACCAAUCAUAGACUGGCAACAAUUCAACCUUGACUAUGAUACUUUGUCUGGGGAUUACAAGCUGGCCACACCAUUAGCCGACUUCCAGAAAGAGCUGACUGACCAGAUAGUCAGUCUGCAUUACUCUGACAUCUUGAAAUUUUUUGAAAGGGUCAAAGACGACGACUCAAGUGAUCGUAGCACUUCGUUCACACCACAGGAACAGUUGAUUGUUGACUCUCUGGAGACACUGUUGAUGAACUCACAGCUGGUAUGCACUCAUCCAUACUUACUUAUUGACCAUUAUUUCCCAAAGUCGCUGACUGCAAAGGAUGUGCCCAGACGGAUAGAGGAGUCCAGUGGGAAGUUCAAAGUCUUGAAGCAACUUUUGGAGGUGAUAGAAGGGAUCUCGGAUUCAAUGUUCAACCUCGUGAUCCUCUCAAGACCAGGCAAGACUAUAGACCUGUUGGACGCUUUCUUGCUCGGCCAAAAAUGUGUUAUCAAGAGGUAUUCGGGGACGAAGCUGAAGGACAACAACAGUUCAAAGGGCAAAUCUUCUAAAAACCAGGAUCACAUAAUCGUUCACUUGAUUCCUUCAGACCAGCAGUCUUUGGAAGAGCUCUCCACUCAAAAGUCUGACAUUUUUAAUGGGACUACUAAAGUGGACCUGCUGAUAUCCUUUGACAUUUCCUGCGAUACCGAUGAUCCAGCUGUUUUGUCACUUCGUAAGCAAACAAACAGAGACAAUCGCCUGACCCCAAUACUGAGACUGGUCCCCAUCAACACCAUCGAACACAUAGCGUUAUACUAUCGUGACCUGGUAAGCUCGCGAAACUACUCCGAGUACUUGAAGCCCGUUACAGCAGCCUUGGUGGUGAUGCGGGACAGAGCUGGGACGUUGACGAGUGCGUUGAGGCCAAUAUAUGCCAAGAAGCUUGCUUAUCUUUUGCCCUGGUUGCAGAGUCUCAAGUCAGACACUCUUUCGCGUUGGAUGCUGCCAGAUCUGGCGCCCAUUCCUUACUUCCACACCAGGGAUGUCGAGAAGAGCUUGCUCACUGAAGUGAAGUAUCAGUAUGAAGACGAGUUUGAGCACGAAAGCAAUAAUCAAACGUUAAACCUGGAACUUCCUGGUUUCGAUCAACAACAAGUGUCAUUGGACUCGGCCUUAGAAGAUGCUGCACAAAAGAAUAGCCCUGAGGACGAGCUUUUCCAGGCUCUUCCAUCAAGAAUAAGGCAAAUGCUAAGACAGAAAACAGACUACUACGAAAAAAAGAGGCUGAAGAGGGAAUAUCUGUCCAACCCUUUGGUGGCCUUGAACUAUUCAGAUGUUACGGGUAUUGCUAAAAACUCAAGGUCCGAGGAACAGAGUCUGCAUAACGAGGAAGUAUUGACGCAUAAGUUGAUACAGGGCCUGAGUUCCCGAUACAGCGAUCUGACGCUCAUCAACUUGGAGCUUAAGUCGUUUGAUGAUAUUUACGAUACUAGACAAGAGGACAAGGUGGUGGUUCACAAGGCCUUGAGUUCUAUCAUAGAAGACUUGGACCAUGCCAAGACGAGGAUUUCUAUAAGUUCCAAGAAGGUUGCCAGAAGGGAGCAGGAGAUUGGAGAGACUCUGAAGCCUAGCAUUCAGUUAUUACAAGGGAAAAUAGACGAUUUUAUUUCGGAGAACGUGAAAGCGGACGCCAAUGAGGGUGUGAAAAAAUAUGUCGAAAAUGAGGUGACGCUGAACAAUCUCAAGGAACAGCUAGAGAGUUUGACCUUGAAAUUGGAGAGUCAGAAGAGCGACAUUGAUUACACCUCCAAGGAGGUCACCAAAGCAGAAGAGUCAAUAAUAAACUCUCAGGCAGAGGUUACAAAGCUUGAAGAACAGAUUUCAGAUCUGAAAGGCAAAGUUGCGGUUAUGUUUGAAACGCCCGUACUCAGCAACGCAGCAUCCGAGUUGGCUAGGUCCAAGGCCAGCUACGAGGCAGAACUGCUCCAAAAUAAAGAACUGGUUUCGAGACUUGAUGAUCUAUUCAAAUCGUUGAAUGAAACCCAGAUCCAAAGGGUGAGGCAUGGAAAUGCGAGGGGGACUACAGUUAAAGGAAGUCCCAUGCUCAAGUAA